AUGGCCAAUGCACCCACUCACCCAGACACCCGCGAGAGCGGAAACUCCCUCCCAAUGUUUCUCUCAGAGCCAGAAUAUACGGCUGAGGAGAGGGCGCUGCUGGAUGAGCCAUUCCCCCCAAACUGGGCAAAUAUCAGUACCGUAUACUUCCGCAACUGCGAGCUGUGUUCUGCCUACCACCCGCCAACAGGCCCAAGCAGGCUCAUCUACCGCUGUGCAAGACCUGCAUGUCGGGCCCUCUACCAUCUAGAAUGUCUCGAGGAGAUUCUCACUAAGUUUACUGAGCAGGGUAGCCUCCUCGUGCCCAUGGAAUGUCUUCGCUGCGGCACCGGCUGGGAUCUUGACUCUGACUUUGAGGAGCCGGAGCAUCGCCGCAAGCUCUGGUGCCUUGGUGAGUUACGGCGAAAGACUAUACAGCAGCUGCGGCAGGGGCGGCUUCAAGAGAAGCGGCUUCAGCAGGAGCUGCUUGACCAGAAACAGCUUCAGCAGCAGACGCGGAAUCAUUCUCAGAUACAGCAGCAAUACUGUCAAUCCCAGCCCCGACAGCAGAUACAAGUGCUUCCUCAGCAGUGUCAGCCUCCUCCACCCCCGGAGCAGAAUAAUCAGCAAAUGCAGCACCAACAGCAGGUGCAGGUGCAUUCCCUGCAGUGUCGGCCUCCUCAGCCCCGGCAGCAGGAGCAGCACUGUCAGCCUCAGCUUAAGCAGCAGAUGCAAGUGUCUGCUCAGCCCCAGCAGCAGCCUCCUCAGCAGCAGCAGAAGGUACAGGUACAGGUAAAGCCUCUGCAAGUUCGACCUCCUCAGCACCAGGGGCAGAACCAGCAGCAACUACAGGCAUAUCAUCUGCGGGGUCAGCUUCCUCAGCACCAGCAGCAACAGAUACAGCUGCAUCCUCAGCAGUAUUCCCAGGCACCACAAAAUUACCAGCAGCUUCACCAGCAGCAACCUCAGCCCCUGCUCCAGUACCAGAGCCUGCGGCAGAUGCAACCUCAGCAUCAGCUACAGAACCAGCAAAAGCUAUAUAAAGCUCAGUGCCAGCAGCUGCAGAUGCAAUAUGAACUUUCAAUGCUGCUACAGCAUCAACGGCAGGUGCAGCAUCCAAUUCAGAUGCCACAGCAGCUUCAGAUACACCAGCACCCACAAAUACAGCAGCAGCAGGUACAACAUCAUCCUCAGAUGCUGCAACAGCAUCAGCGGCCGGCACAGCAUUCAAUUCAGAUGCAACACCCUCCCCAGAUGCAGCAGCAGUGUCCCCAGCAGGCGCAGCAGCCGCUUCAAAGACAACAUAAUCCUCAGCUACACCAGCAGCUGCACCCGCUGCAUCAGCAACAACCCCCUACCAAGCGCAAGCCCCAUCGCACUGCACCGAAAAUGGCGCCAUCAGCGAAGAAACCCCGUAGGAACAGGCCUGAUCCCCCGCGUGGUCAAACGAUCAUACCAAUGAGCUUCGCUGUAAUAGGAGACCGCAUCCAUUGCACCUUUGUAGAAGACGGGAUGCCAUGUCACCUGCAUUACGGGAGCGACGAUAGUCUGCGGCGGCAUCACCGCAACAUCCACGAUGACAGUCUUCCUUGCCCUCACUGCCACAGUGGGUGGUCUACCGACGCAAGACUAUCUAGACAUCUCGCGGAAGUGCAUGGGGUGACUGCUGUGCGGCGAGUGACACCUAGUCACGGGGCGACUCCUGUGCCUCAGACUCCUUUGCGUAGGAUAGCACCUAAGCAGGGGAGGUAA